CUUUGUUGUGGUCCCUAUUUUUGCACUGUAAAUUACAAAAAAAAAAAAACAUUAAGUAAACAUAAUAUUUGCUUAUCAGCAAGCAUGAUCGCGGCGGUGAACGGUUAGCCGCGGUCACAGAUUUCAGUUCCUGCUCUAGUCAUGCUCCUGCGGCUGCCCAUUUUGGCGGCACGCUUCCUUCACAACGGAAGACUGCGGUUUCUGUUUGGCAUCCUGAUCCUGGUGCUCGUCGGCAGCAUUGCUUAUACCUACACCUGGCAAAAUGACUACUACCUGUGCUUCAUGGAAGGCCAAGGGAUGGCGACCCAGGCGCCAGUCGCUGAUGCGGAUGCCACUCCCCUGGAGGAUGUGCUGCUGGCGGAGCCAAAACCCACGCCCGGAAGGAGUAUCUUCUUCCACGAGACAAGUUGCCACCAAACCGAGAACAAGCAGUUCGAGAAGCUGAAGCUCACCGCCCGUCAGGCCUGCGCAAUCGAGUCCGCAGCGUUGCAUAAUCCGAAUUUCAAAGUGUUCGUCCUCUUCGCCGGCCCCACAUAUCGAAUCUCCACCGGUGGACGCAACAACAGCCAUCCGCAGCCUCUGGUCGACGCCAUUCUCAGCUACAGCAAUGUGCACCUGCGGCGACUGAACCUGUGGAGCUAUGCUGCCGGCACGCCCAUCGAAGAGUGGCUAAAAGACGGCCGCUUGUUCCGCUCAAGAUAUUUGUUUUCGCACAUAUCGGAUUUCCUGCGCUACCUCACCCUCUAUCGCUACGGCGGUCUAUAUCUGGACAUGGAUGUGGUGGUGCUGCGCAACAUGGAGGAGGUGCCGCCCAAUUACACAGGCGCCGAGUCCAACACACACUUGGCCGCUGGCGUGAUGAGCCUGGCAGCCACUGGCUUUGGCCACGAGAUCGCCGAAUCGUGUCUGCGCGACUUUCAGUACAACUUCAACGGUCGAGACUGGGGCAACAACGGUCCCGGGGUGAUAACUCGUGUGGCCCAGAAGAUUUGCGGCACCAAGGACAUCGCCGUGAUGCAGGAGGAUCCAAAGCGUUGUCUGGGAUUCAAGGUAUUCGGGCGGGGCGCCUUCUAUGCCGUUCCCUGGAAAAAGUGGCGCGACUUCUUCGAGCCGGAAAAGCUGGAGGAGACACUGGCCCGCUGCAAGGAUUCGUAUGUGGUGCACGUAUGGAACAAGCACUCGAGCUCGCUGCUCAUCAAACAAGGUUCUAAAGGCGCCUAUGCCAAGUAUGCCGAACAAAACUGCCCGCGGGCCUACAAGGCUGCGGGCGAGUACUUUUAGUAUUACAAUCGAGUGAAGGGUGUUUUAAGAUCACUACAUUUGUAUAUGUAUCGUUUUCCGCUCCAAGCCAAAGAAUCGUGGCCCUCAGAUAGGGCUCCAUUGUUAGGUUGCAUUGCCUUCUGUUUGCUUUUUAGCAGCCCGCAUUCCAAAUGAUAACAGCAUUCUCAAGCGCACACAAAACUGGCACAGCUUAAAAACAAAUCAGAUAUCUACACUUUUCUUAGUUGCUUAUGUCCGCGCUUUGUCCCGUUGCACAAUAUAUUUACAUUGCCUGAUUGAUAAUCUCCUUAUAUUUAACAAAUGAAAAAGGCACUGCUGUAUAAGAAAGCUUAGAAUACUCGGAUUGUCCCCACAGUGCUUUGUACAAACAAAUUUACACUUAACUAAGCUCGAAUAAGUUGAAGAGUAUUGUCCGUCAUGUAAAACUUCUCAAAAAUGCCUGGAAAUCGGGCCACUACUAACAUAGUCUGUAUGUUUACUAUAUUUAAAAAUAAUAGAAAAAUAAUAUGUGAAAGCCUGUUUCGAAAAAAGAUAAAGGCUGGUAAAUGAAUACAUCACUUGGAUACAAA